AUGAUCGUCAACAGCCUCUACUCCAACAGGGAGGUCUUCCUCCGCGAGCUCAUCUCCAACGCGUCGGACGCCCUCGACAAGCUGCGGUUCACGUCGGUGACCGACCAGGCGGCGCUCAAGGGGCGCGAGGACCUCGAGAUCCUGAUCAAGGCCGACGCGGAGGCCAACACCAUCACCAUCGAGGACUCUGGCAUCGGCAUGAGUCACGAGCAGCUGCUGUCCAACCUGGGCACGAUCGCCCGCAGCGGCACCCGCAAGUUCAUGGAGGCGGUGCAGGGCGCCAAGGGCGACACCAACCUCAUCGGCCAGUUCGGCGUGGGCUUCUACUCGGCAUUCCUUGUGGCGGACAAGGUGACCGUGCUGACUAAAAGCAACGAUGACGCGACCACCUGGAUCUGGUCCUCCAACGUGGGCAGCCACCAGUUCACGGUCAAGCCCGACGAUGGCAGCGCCGGGGGGCCGCUGGUGCGCGGCACGCGUGUGAUCCUGCACCUGAAGGAGGACGCCCAGGAGCUGGCAGACCCCGUGAGACUGGCGCGGCUGAUCAAGCAGUACAGCCAGUUCAUCCAGUUCCCCAUCAAGCUGUACUCCGCCACCAAGGAGCCCAAGCAGGUCGAGGACACGGCUGCCACCGAGCGCAAGCAGGCGGCCGAGGACGCCAAGGCCAAGGAGAAGGGCGAGGAGCCCAAGAAGGUUGAGCCGGUGAUGAAGACCGAUUACGAGGACGUGUGGGACUGGAGGCUGCAGAACGACAACAAGCCCAUCUGGACGCGCAACCCCAAGGAGGUGGCCCCCACUGACUACAAUGAGUUCUUCAAGGCCACCUUUGGGGAGUUCCUGGACCCCCUCGCCCACGUCCACUUCAACGUCGAGUGA